CCAUCCUCAUCGCCAUCCUCAUCGCCAGUACAAGUGAGAAUGAUAGGAACCGUCAAUCGGAGCUCCCUUGCUCUCCGCCGCCGAUUUCUUCUCCGGUUUUGGAUUCUUAACCGGAAUCUCCUUCCCGACGGCGGAGACUUGGGAUGAGGAGAAGCAACAGCGGAACUUUCGAGAGAAGAAUCUCAUUUCGAAAAUUUGCCCUAAUCGAGAUCCUGUAAUGUAUUCGUGGUGUUUCUGUGGAAAUUGAUAAUUAAUAAUAUUGAAACAUUUAUAGUGUGAAGAUGAAGAAGGAGCAGAUGGCAUGCUGUCGGUCCAUUUGCUUGCUCUACAAGGAGCUGCCGUGCCUCCCAAGCACCACGCGGCCUUGGCCGCUUUUGGAAAGGGCGCGCAGACUGACGCCAGGGUUGAACUUCCAAAUAAACUAUUUCAGUUCUGUGUCGAGCAACCCGAGCUUCGUCGAGAGUUUUUCAUGGGGAAGCGAUUCUUGCUCGGAAUGUUGGUUGUGACAUUGACAGUCAUAGUUUGUGGAGCUGUGGAGGGUGGUUCGCUUUCUAAACAGAAGAGUUUGAGAAUGAACUCUCUUAGGAAGCAAGCAAUAAAAAGCAUUCGGAGCGAAGAUGGCGACAUCAUAGAUUGUGUAAGCAUUUACGACCAGCCUGCUUUUGAUCAUCCUGCUCUGUGGAAUCACACCAUUCAGUUGGCACCCACUUAUGAUCCCACCAUAGAUGAGCAUUCAAAGAAAGCAACAGCAGAAAGGGAAGGGAAGGAGGAAAAGAAUUCCAUGGUUGUGAAACAAACUUGGAGGAAAAGUGGCAGUUGCCCUGAAGGAACAAUACCGAUUCGAAGGAUCCGAAAGCAUGUCCUACUCAAAGCUGAAUCGGUAGAACGCUAUGGACGAAAGAAACCGAUGUUUUCCCAAGAAAACGCUCAGCUUCCCAUCACCCGAAGUUCGCAUACUCUGCUAACGAAUCGUUCGAAGGCAUUUCUGCUUACUGCAGGAAACAACUACAAUGCAGCUAAAGGAGACAUUAAAGUAUGUAACCCGAGGGUCGAGUUCGAUGACGAAUAUAGUACUUCCCAAGUGGCUCUAUUAACCGGCCCUUACUAUAAUUUUGAGGCUAUCGAAUCCGGAUGGGCAGUAAAUCCAGGUGUUUACGGGGAUAGACAGACUCGACUGUUCGUGUAUUGGACUGCCGAUGCUUCCCAAAAAACAGGCUGCUUUGAUCUCACUUGCCCAGGUUUUGUUCAAACAAGCAAUGAAAUUGCUCUUGGUUCUGCUAUUUAUCCUAUCUCAACUCCCAAUGGGCUUCCAUAUGAAAUAAUUAUGUUCCUUUUUAGAGAUUUCAAGACAGAUAAUUGGUGGGUGCAAUAUGGAGAAAGCAUUAACAUAGGUUAUUGGCCUCCUGAGCUAUUCGGUGCACUAAGUCACACAGCAGAAACAGUACAAUGGGGAGGGGAAGUUUACAGCACCAAGAUAGGACGGCCUCCUCACACUAGAACAGCUAUGGGCAGUGGAAGGUUUCCUGACUUCAUUUCUGGUACUUCGGGUUGGGUAAAGCGGAUGCGAGUUCGAGAUAACUCCAUGGUUUUGAUGUUUCCUGGUUGGGUUGAGCACUACUCCGAUGAAUACGAUUGUUACGACGUCGAUUUCAUCCGAGAUUAUUUAGAUGAUCCUGAACUAUACUAUGGAGGACCUGGUAAAAAUCCAAGGUGCCCCUAAGAGACUAACAAAAUUGGGAUGAUUACCUCUUUUGCUUUCAUUAGGCUCCUUCAUGUAAUGAAUAACAUAGAACUAUCAAAAAGAAAGCUAUUUCUUUUGUUUCAAA